UUCUGCCUUGCGAAUCAGCUCAGUCAGUAGAAGAGUAAGAACUGGAAGCACGUAACGUACUAUCGCUCGCCAUGAUUGCUUGUGACUUGUUAGCAGCCAGUUCACUCAGCGAUGGCUGUUGUUGACCUGAUCAACUUUGGAGGGCUCUUCUGGCACAUGGUCAACCCUAGAUAGAUCGAGCCAUUACUGAAUGGUUGUAACGUCUGGGAUAUCUUUCAAAACCAUCUAGCUGGGUUGCGACUGAGCUGAAUACCGAGUAAGCCCCACAUUAGGACUGUUUUCGCCAUGGCCUUGCGACAUUUAGGCCGUAUGGCGAUGAAGAAGUGCUGGGCACCACGCCUCUUGGCUUCCAGUCAACGAGCCUUUCAUCCUUCGUUGGCCAGAUUCGACCAGGAAGUGUCCGUGACCUUCGAACUGUCCGAUGGACGGAAGCAGACCACCCAGGCCAAGAUUGGACAGAACUUGUUGGACAUUGUGGUCGACAACGAGAUUGACAUCGACGGGUUUGGAGCGUGUGAAGGCACUUUAGCUUGCUCCACCUGCCAUCUGAUAUUCAAACAGGCGGACUUCGAUCGCAUCCAGGAUGAGGUCACCGAUGAAGAGCUGGACAUGCUGGAUUUGGCUUACGAUCUGACGGACACGUCGCGCUUGGGAUGCCAAGUUUGCAUGACUAAAGAGUUAGAUGGGAUUAGUGUGAAAGUGCCGGAGAGUAUCAACGAUCAACGAUGACAUUACUCCAUGGCCUUUUAACCGAUAUGUUGGCUAUGAAACAUGUACUAUGCUCUGGAAAUAUAGAACUUCGUGAUGAACUAGUUUUUGCCCAUUGGGCGUGAUCGCUCGACUGACGAUUGUUUGACUCUCCUCCGUCUUCCAGAA